AUGUGUGCUCGGGUUGUUCCGCUGCUGUUGCUGGGAUUGUUUGGAAGUAAGGCGCUGAUUCAUGUCAGCCACAAAGAGGAUGCCCUGGCCUUGGCACAGUUCACUUGCCACAUUGUCCAGCAGCAUUCCGCACAAGUUGCCAACAUUUAUCGCUGCGUGACUUGCGCUUCGGCUGGCCAUUGGGAACACUUGGCCCUGGAGCAGGCCCUGCAUCAAUGCAUUAGCUCGCAAUUGCCGAGCUUGGUGCGCAGCAUUGAAGCUCACGAAACCGAGCCAGCACGUCACACGGAUAGCAUCAAUAUUUUCCACCUGCCCGCAGAUAGUGCGGGCUUGCCGCUCGUCCAACGCAUUCUGGCCAUGUUGAAUGAGCAACAGCCCAGGAAGCACCUGCACAAAUACAUCUUUGUGUGGCCCGGAGCCAGUGUCGAGGAGCUACACACGCUCUUCACUGGCUGCUGGCAGCGACAGCUGCUCUUUGGGCUGGCCGUUGUACGGACGGAUGUGGUCUAUGACUUUGAACCGUUUGCCGCAGGCGGACUGCAGGUGAGGGAAUUGAAGAGGACCGGCUCGCGAUACUUUCGCGAUAAAUUGCGCAACAUGAACGGGCAUGAGGUGCGCUUCUCGAUGUUCCAGGACACUCUACGCGCUCUGCCAUUGGCCAACACGACGAGCGCUGGAUUUACACAAAUCGAUGGCGUCAUAGCCCGUACCAUUGCCUCAAGUUUGAAUGCCACAGCCCGCUAUGUCCUGCCCGCAGACGAAGAGAACUACGGUCGCUGUCUGCCCGGCGGCAAGUUCAGUGGCGUGCUCGUGGACAUCAUGGGCGGACACACGCACAUUGCGAUGAAUGCGCGCUUCGUCCUUGAAUGCAUCGCACCGCAUGUGGAACAACUGUAUCCAUAUGAUCGUCGAACUAUAUAUCUGGUGGUGCCUGCGGCCGAAAUGCGUCCCGAGUAUCUAAUCUUUGUGCGUGCCUUCCGUCGCUCCCUCUGGUACCUCCUCUUGGUCACCUUUCUGGUGGUUAUGGGCGUUUUUAUCUGCCUGCAGUAUGCGCUUGAGCGUCUGCCCGGAGUGGCGCGCUUCCAUCACGCACGCUGGUUUGAGAUUCUCGAGAUGUGCGUGAAGACGCAGUUGGGGGAGCCGGUGGUACGCUUUUCACGCGUCAGCUCGCUGCGUCUCUUUCUCAUUGCCUGGAUUAUGUUCAGCUAUGUGCUCACGACCAUAUAUUUUGCCAAAUUGGAGAGCAGUUUUAUUCGACCGACCUUUGAACCACAGCUGGAUGCCCUAGAUGAGCUUCCGUCACACAAAUUGCGAGUCUAUGGUAUUGACAAUCUGUUUACUGCAAUAAAGACGACAUUGGCGCCGCGACACUAUGCGGCAUUGACUAGAAAUUAUAAGGAAUUGCCCCUCAAAUUAAGUUCCUCUCCAUUUGCCUGGAAUAUCAGUCGGCGGCACCGGCGCGGUAUCGCCUUCAUCAUGCGUGAUGAGACGGCUCGUGAGUUCUUGGCCAGCACAUACAAUGCCGAACUUGAUCGCCCGGCCUUUCACAUUGUCAAGGAGUAUCUACGCUCCAUGUUGUCUACUUACAUUUUGCCCCUGGGCUCGCCAUUUCACUAUAAAUUCCAGUUCUUGGUCAGUGCCUUCAAUGAGCAUGGCUUCCUGGACUACUGGCAGCAGCUGGAUGUCAUAAGACGUGAGCGUGCCUCUUCUCAGGCCGACGAAUUCUUCGAGGACCUGGGCGAUACAGAUACAGAUGUCUCGUCAUCAAACGAUAUCAACGAGCACAAGGAACUGCGUAAAAAGCAUGUCGCCUUGAGCGUAGACAUUCUUCAGGGCGCUUUCUAUUUAUGGUUGUUUGGCAUUCUUCUCAGUGUCUGCGGUUUUGUGGCGGAGCAUAUAGUUUGGUUCUUAAGCAACUGUAAACGUGUGGUUCACAUAAUUUAG